UAAACAAUCGGGCUACGAGCAUUGGUUAAUAUGGUGUCUCUGCGAAUCAAAAAACCCGGUAAAGUUGGUUACUAAGAAGGUUCGAAAACAAAAAAUUUCGUCAUUAUUUGAACACGAUUGUAAUAGUAAUUUGUUUUGAGAACAGUCUUCAAUUAAAAUGUCGUACAAUUAUGUUGUGACGGCACACAAGCCAACUGGUGUUUCUGCAUGUGCUACUGGUAACUUUACAUCUCCAGAAGAUAUAAAUUUGAUUUUAGCAAAAAAUACUAGAUUGGAAAUAUACGUUGUAUCUCCAGAAGGAUUGAGACCUAUCAAAGAAAUAAAUAUUUAUGGAAAGAUUACUUGUAUGAAACUUUUCAGACCACCGGGUGAGAAAAAGGAUUUUCUUUUUUUCCUCACGUAUAAAUAUAAUGCAGCUAUAUUAGAAUGCAUUCAAGAUGGAGAGUCUUUAGAAAUUAUUACUAAAGCACAUGGAAAUGUUGCUGAUACAAUUGCAAGACCUUCAGAAACAGGUAGUAUUGGAAUUAUUGAUCCAGAAAGUCGUGUUAUUGGAUUAAGACUUUACGAUGGCUUGUUCAAAAUUAUCCCAUUAGAAAGAGAAAACAGAGAGCUAAAAGCUUUUAAUAUUAGAAUGGAAGAAUUGAAUGUUCAAGAUAUAGAGUUCCUUCAUGGUUGUCAAGCCCCGACAAUUGCUCUCAUUCAUCAAGAUGUUCAGGGACGUCAUGUGAAAACAUAUGAGAUAUCUUUAAGAGAUAAAGAAUUUGUUAAAGGACCUUGGAAACAGGAUAACGUUGAAAGUGAAGCAUCCAUAAUUAUUGCUGUUCCAGAACCUUUUGGUGGGGCACUGAUUAUUGGUCAAGAGUCGAUUACAUAUCAUAAUGGUGAUAAAUAUAUUGCUAUUGCUCCUCAUAUCAUUAAGCAAAGCACAGUUGUGUGUUAUGGUAAAAUAGAUUCUAAUGGAUCCCGUUACUUACUUGGUAAUAUGUCUGGAAGAUUAUUUAUGGUUCUAAUUGAAAAAGAAGAGAAAAUGGAUGGAACUGUUUCUGUUAGAGAUUUGAAGCUUGAAUAUUUGGGUGAGAUUACCAUUCCUGAAUGCCUCACGUACUUAGAUAAUGGUGUUGUUUAUGUGGGGUCCAGAUUAGGAGAUUCACAGUUAAUAAAACUAAAUGUUGAACGAGGAGAUCAUGGUACUUAUGUAGAAGUUAUGGAAACUUUUACCAAUUUAGGACCAAUUGUUGAUAUGUGUGUUGUUGAUUUAGAGAGACAAGGUCAAGGACAGUUGGUGACGUGUUCUGGAGCCUACAAAGAAGGUUCAUUAAGAAUAAUUCGAAAUGGAAUUGGAAUACACGAGCACGCAAGUAUUGAUCUACCCGGAAUAAAAGGAAUUUGGCCAUUAAAGAUUGAUAAUUCAGAACAAUAUGAUAAUACUUUGAUUCUUGCCUUUGUUGGUCAGACUAGGGUUGUAUCUUUCAAUGGAGAAGAAGUAGAGGAAACACAAAUUCCUGGUUUUGACACUUCAAAACAAACAUUUUACUGUGCCAAUGUAAAAUAUGAUCAAAUUGUUCAGGUUACUGCUGCUUCGGUACGUCUAGUAAAUAAGAAGAACAGACAGUUGUUGUUUGAAUGGUGUCCACCUCUGGAACAGAACAUAAGCGUUGUUGCUUGUAAUAUGUGUCAAAUAGUAUGUGCAGUCAGAAAUCAAUUAUUUUAUUUGGAAAUUAAUUCUGGUGAAAUUAAACAAAUAAGUUCUACAGUAAUGGAACAUGAAGUAGCUUGUCUCGAUAUUAACCCAUUAGAUGAAAAUUCAGAAAAAACAACAUUAUGUGCUGUGGGAUUAUGGACAGAUAUAUCUGUCCGAAUCCUACGUUUUCCUUCGUUGCAACAGAUGCAUAAAGAAAUGCUUGGCGGUGAUAUUAUUCCUAGAUCUGUAUUAGCGACAACAUUUGAAGGAAUUCAUUAUUUAUUAUGUGCAUUAGGAGAUGGUUCUUUAUUCUAUUUUAUUUUAAAUGCAGAAACUGGAUUCUUAACAGAUAGGAAAAAGGUUACAUUAGGAACACAACCUACUGUUUUGAAGACAUUCAGAUCUCUUCAAACAACAAAUGUAUUUGCAUGUUCUGAUAGGCCAACUGUUAUUUAUUCUAGCAAUCAUAAAUUAGUUUUUUCAAAUGUUAACUUGAAAGAAGUGUAUCAUAUGUGUCCUUUAAAUUCUGAAGGAUAUCCUGACAGUUUAGCAUUAGCAAAUCAUAGUACUUUAUUAAUCGGUACAAUUGACGAAAUUCAAAAAUUGCAUAUACGGACUGUGCCGCUUGGAGAGUCGUCCCGCCGUAUCGCUUACCAAGAAAACACGCAAACAUUUGGCGUUAUUACUGCACGCAUUGAUACUCCCGAUAGUAAUGGAAUAAGACCGAGUGCCAGUACACAAGCACAGAAUGUUACACAUAGUUCUUUAGGUUCAAUCAUUAAAACUGGAAAUAAUAUGGGGCUUUGUAGCAGUACAAGUGAACAAUUUGGCCAAGAAGUAGAAAUACACAAUCUUUUAAUACUUGAUCAACAUACGUUUGAAGUAUUACAUGCUCAUCAUUUUAUGACCAAUGAAUAUGCUCUCAGUAUUAUAUCAACAAAAUUAGGAGAAGAUCCGAAUACUUAUUACAUUGUUGGUACAGCUGUUGUUAAUCCCGACGAAUCUGAACCAAAAUUAGGAAGAAUCGUUAUUUUUCAUUGGAAUGAUGGUAAAUUGCAACAAGUUGCAGAGAAAGAAAUUAAAGGUGCUCCAUAUACUCUAUUAGAGUUUAAUGGAAAGUUAUUGGCUAGUGUAAAUAGCACAGUGAGGCUUUUUGAAUGGACUGCCGAACGAGAAUUACACAAUGAAUGCAGUUAUUUCAACAAUAUUAUUGCUCUCUUCUUAAAGACAAAAGGCGAUUUCAUACUUGUUGGAGACCUGAUGAGAUCAGUAACUCUGUUGGCGUAUAAACCACUGGAAGGAAGUUUUGAAGAGAUUGCUCGUGAUUACCAACCAAAUUGGAUGUCAGCUAUAGAGAUUCUUGACGACGAUACGUUUUUAGGUGCAGAGAAUUCAUUUAAUCUCUUUGUAUGCCAGAAAGAUAGUGCUGCAACAACUGAUGAAGAAAGACAAUAUUUACAGGAAGUUGGACAGUUUCAUUUAGGAGAAUUUGUGAAUGUAUUCAGACAUGGAUCGUUAGUGAUGCAACAUCCUGGUGAAAGCACUACUCCAACCCAAGGAUCUGUUUUAUUUGGUACUGUUUAUGGGGCUAUUGGACUUGUAACACAGUUGCCAGCUGAAUUUUAUAACUUCCUACUUGAAGUUCAAAACAAAUUGACUAAAGUGAUAAAAUCUGUAGGGAAAAUAAGCCAUAGUUCUUGGAGAGCUUUCUCCACAGAAAGGAAAACCGAACCUUCUACGGGUUUCAUAGACGGAGAUCUAAUAGAAAGUUUUCUCGAUCUCAGCAGGGAUAAAAUGCAAGAAGUUGUCCAAGGCAUUCAGAUUGAUGACGGAAGCGGGAUGAAGAGAGAGGCCACGAUCGACGAUCUGGUGAAGAUUAUCGAAGAGUUGACUCGCAUUCAUUAAUUGUGAUAUUUUUUCAACCCUACUUCUUUAUUCAUUAAGUUUAUUUUAUUUAGUAAGCGCAUACCGUACCAUGUAUUGCAUUCUUCCAGAUUCCUUUUGUAAAUAAAGAUCAGAACGCGAGUAAAGUUUCAUUCUCUGGCACGCCUUCGGAUACGUCGUGUUUUCCACAAAGUUAAUAUUUUUCCGAAUCUGCACUCAUGCCGUUCUUACAGUCUAAAUGGCUUUUUUGUUUUUUAAUUGAAGAAAGAGAAAAUUUGGCUUUCUUAUUAUUAUAGUUAGAUUUGUAAUUGGCAAAACAGAGAUGUCAAAUUUUUGUCAAUGAUUAUCUGUCUUUACGAGAACAUUUUGUAAAUAGUUGCCAAAUAUUUUUUAACAUUUAGCUAAAAAAUAAAUCUAAAUUGAAAAGAGAGAGAACAAAUGCAUUGAUAGCAUCUGAGCGAAACUUUUUAUACUCUGAAAGGAAUACAGACGAUCAUUGUUCCACGUGUGUUGUAUUUCUCUUUGUUUAUUGAAUGUCAUUGACUCUCUGUAUAUAGAGUUUGAUAUUAAUAAAUUCCUUAACAAAGAGGUUAA